GCUGCCCAAAUAAACGCUACCAAGUGUUUGACGUGGCUUUCGGGAUCUGGUCCGCUGAAAGCAUAUACCGAAUACAUGACUACGUCUAAAGAUGAUCGUGCUAUCUCCUUGAAGCGCAUGAAAGAUUUUGAGCAGCGAUUGCCAAUUCUCCUCGGCGCCACACCGACUCGACUAGGGGAGCAUGUAGUAUUUGCGCAUCUCCAUGGUGGAGCAGCCAAGAAAGAAACAUUGAUGCACCUAUUUGACAUAUUCGUCAGAGACACGACCGUUUUCAUUCAUAAAAAGUUGGAGGGCAUCGAGGUGACCCCUCUCCUUUAUAUAUGCGGACAAAAUCUCAGCAAGGACAUCUUCGAUUUCUUCUUCGAGCGUGGAGCCGACGUCCUCAGCUCAACUUCCGACAGAGGAUGCCUCGACCUCAUGAAACAUGUAUUCGCGAGACUCAGCCAAGACCAAUUAUCUAUCCUGCUUUCACAGACCACCCGUCGCAAGUCGAACACGCCACUCAUGAUUGCAAUCAAAGCCGGAAACCUUGGAGUCGUUGAAUUCCUGCUAUCCUUCCAUCAUCCCGUCACUGAUGCAUCUCUUCUGGUUCGAGAUGCGAACGGCUCUUUACCCAUCCACGAGGCAACAAGUAAGGGAUACCACAAAAUCGUCGAGCUUCUAGUACGGUCCAAGUCAGCUCAGGCGAUGAAGGCUCUUUGUACAGAAAACGGUAUAGGGUCCACCCCGUUAGAAAUUGCAGCCUUCAAGCAUCUUCUUGGCUUCGACAGAGAACUACAAAGUCGUUUCGAUGGCGCCGCUGCCCUCCCAUACACUGUACCAUCUCUGGUAGUCACCAAUCGUCUCAGUGGACCAUGGACGAGCGCUCGUGCUUUGCUCGACAGUUUAAAGCAAAUGCUUGACCAACUGCCCCAAAUCAACCGGAUAACUAUCGAGGAGUACCAGGCAUUAGAAAAUAUCGUGGUUUCUCUGGAUGAAGAAGGGCGCUUCACCAAUUCGCCAAUUUUGCAACGAGUCCUGAGAGAAUAUGUCGAACGAGCCGCGAGUGCUUUAGAGGACCAUAACGGAAAUUCUGCCCAGAAAGCGCUAGUUGACGAAGAACUAAAGGCCGUAUACUCUUCAGCCGAAUCCAACCCUUCCGUGGGCUACGCAGGGCCAAAAAUGCCGUUUGUACAAAAUGUAGUAGCCAGUCAAGAUAUCAAGGCUACAUACGAAAUGAUCAGGAACGCUAUUGAAUCCUCCGGAUUGAAAAGACGGCGGGUCCUUGUCCAUCUACUCGAUGCUCAAAAAGCUGUUAAUUCUGCCAUGGCUGUCGCCACCCAGGCUGGCCACUUCGGGUUUGGACAGGCCCCGGGCUAUUUCGGUUCAUAUAUGGGCAGCUUGAGCCCGGGGAAAAGUCAGAGCAAUGCAUUCAAUUACAUGUUGAACUAUAGUUCCGUGCUAUCCGUUGAUAAUACCUACUAUUAG